UGCUCUUUGCAUUCAACUAAAAAUUCAGUAAACAAUCGAAGUGUUUUCCGAGAUGAAGGACGACGCUGAGCUGCAGAAAUUGAGAGAGAAAAAGGACGAAUUGAUAAAACGAGUUCUGGAAUUGAGGGAUACAUUUCAGCAGAACAGCUCACUUAAUAGACAUAAGAAAUUAAAUUUAGAUGAUGAUAUUCGAGAGAGAUUAUCGAAUGAGUCCCCUCAGAAAGACCUGCCAAAAAAAUCCAGCGAUGAGGACCGAUUUAUAGUCAGAUUGGUGGAUGCCACUCAACAAGCCACUGGAAUAACUUUUCAGGAUGUCGACAAAAAGUGGCUGAGAGACAACGUAUGGCACUACACCUCCAAAGUCAUUAUGAAAGUUCUGAAAUUUAAUUUAGAUUUGACUGUGGAUUUGAAGGACGGAGUGGACAAUGAGAUCCUCGAUAUCACGUGUCGUUUCGUGAAGGUCGUCGACUGUCAUCUGCAGGAAAUUACUCCCUGGGUUACGGAGUUCACGAAAGUUAAGAAAAUGACCUAUUUGAUGUCAGCUUUUAGCGAAUACAACGAUCAAUGCAUCGUCCGCCAGAAAAUUCUGGACAAAUUGAAUCAGCAAGAAUUCAUAACGAUUGAGAAGUGUGGAACCGGUGGCUACACCAUUUAUAUUCACUCUCCAUCAUCGGCAACGAGACAAUAUGUCAAUUUUUUAUGGACAACGGUCUUGAACCAGAAGACAAGAACGAUUGAUCACAGUUUCGUUAUCGAUGCAAUUGACGAUGAGUUUAUAAAAGGAAACCAAGAUCUUCUCGAGGAUUUCUGCAAGAAAGGACUGAAGAAAGACGAGCUGGAGAGCCUCUGGGGUGAUCUCUGCACCGCUGUCAACACCUACAAACCCUAGACUGAUGUACCUACUCCAGAUACCAAUUAAAUCUAUUUUUCUAGUUGCAAAUAGAACGAGUGAAGAAGUUUGUGAUAAAAAGAGUGGGGGUAGACAUCAAGUGAGAAAUAAUGGAUAUUCUCCAGGCUACUUCUCCCCAGUGGCGCAAUUGGUUAGCGCACGGUACUUAUAAGACAGUAAUUACGUGAGCAAUGCCGGGGUUGUGAGUUCGAGCCUCACCUGGGGAAUAUUUUUUAAAUUUAAUAUAAUUGCGGUCGUCAAUUUGAAAUUCCUAUCAUUAAUUUAACUUGUAACGAUGUCUCUAGCCCCCACAUUUAAGUAAAUCUUGAAGAAUUA